AUGUCAGACAUUCCUGGUUUCACCGAACGUGUGAGUCCCACCAGUGACCGCACCACAUUUGAUCUCACCGACAUGGCAAAUAUCUUUGAGUUCGCCGCGUCCCACUUGCUUGCUAUUCGGAUCGCUUUGGAGGACAGUGCGCUUGUCACCUCGGCGAAAAUUCGCCACAUCAUUGCAAGAUAUCUGAUGUGGGAGGGAGAGGUCUUUAUCCUCCCUUGGGUGGCCUUUUGCGAGGGCUUGAGCAUCAGCCCGCCACUAUCAAGAAAUCUAAGGUUUUUUACAGGGAUGCUUGGGAUGAGCCAGGUAGAACUGCUCACCGACCAGGAACUUUAUGAUUCCUUCAUGAAGUUGCUGCCAUUGCCAUCCGGUCCUUGGGUGAGAGGUCGUAUCAUUCACACAUAUCCGAUGGCCUGGUGGACCAUGCCAUUCAAUACAAUGGACUACAAGGAGUUCACCAUGAAGUUCCCUAAUUGUAAUGAAAUCAGGCAAAUGUUAAUCAACCAUUUCGCUCAAUUGCCAGAGGGCCGCUUGUUGGUCACACCUGGAACAUUAGUGGAGGCAAGGUCAACGCCGGUGGUGCAACAGCUGGCACGCAUUGAAGCCGAAGUUAAGCAGGAGGGUGACUACAUUAUCGCAAUGGUGGAGAGCAAGAUAGUGGAGGCCCGACUUGUGGCGGCAUCCAUGAUAAGAAUGGAAACCACAUUGGGUCAGGAUGUGAACGCCGCAAUUGAGGCCACGGAAUGGUUGGUGAAGUAUUUAAAACGAGAGGCACAGUGA